CACUUCCGGGUUACAUCAGCUGCGUGCGCAGGAGCCAUGACUUUGUCCCAAACAAUGAACUAGCCAGCUGAAUGACAAUGUUAUUAAUGUGCACGAUUUUAAAACUUUAGUCAAGUGCAAGUCUUGCGUCAAUAUGUCCACCCCUGAGAGUUUUACGGAGGAGCGGCAGAACAUAUCUCCUAAGGAUGUGCUGCGUCCAGGCCACACCCGCACAGAUGAAGAGAUGAAGGUGAUGGAGGAGUGCGUAGCGGAGAGCUUUUAUUACAGAUCUCUUCCCCUCUCCUUCAUCAGCAUGGCUGUCACGGAGUACUUAAUUACAAGAGGGAUUUGGUCUGCAUCACCGAGGUUUGGAUCUGUACCUAAAGUGGCCUUUGCAGCCGCAGGUGGCUACAUCAUAGGGAAACUUUCCUACCUACCAAAGUGCAUGGAAAAGUUCAAAAACCUACCAAACUCACCUGUGGGAGAACUCAUUAGACAGAGGAAAGGGAUGUCUCAAAAUAGCGCUCCAUCGGAGCUGAGUGACCAAAACSUCCCUUCAUAUGACACCUCCAUGUUCCAACCAGCAGACACACARRGCAGCAUGUCCAGCUUCACCAGUGAUGAUGGGCAAAUGGGCAAGCCAGAUGACUUUAGCUCUCCAGUUCAGUCAUAUGAGGAGGAGGAGGAGCCUAAGAAGAAGUCCAUCCUCUAUGAAAACCUUAGACUCAAAAACAGGGAGAACUACGAGGUGAUGCUCAAUCAGAAAGCUGACACAAUGAUUAAAGCGUCCUCAGAGAAGGAGCCAGAAAUACCAAAGAAAGCGGCGAAAAAGAAUAUCUAUGGAGAUAMUUGGGAAGAAUGAGCUCUUUCUUUACGAAUGAAGGCCAGGAUCUGUGCUGUGGUGCCAGCGAUGCUGCAGGACACGGGGGUCUCGAUCACCACUGUUUAUGUUCUUGUAUAAGUUUGGGAUCAGUAUGACAUUGAAAGUGUGAAUAAAACUGACUGGAUGACU